GUAAAUCUGAGUUAGGACCAUUUUUUCUGUACGCCGAGGAGCAUACAAUAAGGAACCAGAGAGGGUGAAACUAGGAAGAAAGAUGAGAUCGACUUCUUCUCCUAGUCGAUCUCCCACUAAAAAUAACAACAAAGAGGAAAGACCAAGGUUUUUUGAUGCUAAAGCAAAGAGUUUAUGUUGGGCAAAAGCCGAUGUAUUAAUCGGACGUCAUCCAGAAAGAUGGAGAAAAGAUGCUGCUGGCAAUAUUGUUUGUAAACGUUUUUGCAAUUGUCAAGGUUGUUUAUGCUUUGAAUACGAUCAUAUUAUCCCUUUCUCCAAAGGUGGAGAAUCUACUGUAGAGAAUUGUCAAAUUCUUCAAACUAGGGUGAAUAGGUAUAAAUCGGAUAAUGACAAGUUGGAAAAAUCUGAGUUGGAGGGAUUCUCUUGUGAUAUCAAGUUUACGGAUGCUUGGUGUUUUGAACUUAUCGUAUUAUUGGUGGCCGCUGUAUCGCCCAUGGGUAUUUUCAUGUUGGAACUAGGAACUAGUGGCAUUCUGCAAAGACUUACAAUGUUUACAUACUCUAUGUCUUGAUCAUUCUUGGUUGAGUAGCAAGAUGUAAGGCUAUGAAAAACGAUGACAUAUGUACGAGUGUUGGUGGCCGACAUAGCGUCCUAGAAAGACACUAGAAAAGGGGACACGGGAGUUUUGUUUAAUGUUAUUUACAUUCUUCUUAGGCUACAUUCGGGCUCAUAUUGAAGAUAAGGGCAUCCAUUCUUUAUCAAGAGUUAAAACAUAUAAGGGUUUAAGGGCUAGCAGAGCUAUUGCGGUGUCCAUGUGUGGCUGACAUGAGCACCAGUGGCAAUACGUGUCUAAACGCAAGAAUUCUGAAUAACAAGGUGCUGUUGUUCCAUGGACAUUAUAGGCUUUUUCUAGUAAACUUAACUUCUUCCGCAGUAAGCAACCAUCAGUAGAUUAAUUGAGGGAAUUACCCUGUACUGAAGUAAUACUUGAUUUUCACCCGUUUAGCAUAUGUUGCAUUCCCUUGAUGCAGACAAGGAGCUUGAUGUAGUAGAGAUGGCUGUUUACGGGGAUGUAAUCCGUCCUGGUAAUGAAUGUCGUUGCAGAACUGUCGCCGAAAUGCUUGGUCAGUACAAAUCAAAAAAUCGAAUGGCUCCUUGUCAACUUCCAUUUAAG